UGAAGUGGGAUAGGGUAGGGGGCCGACGGGGCAGUGGAGGUCGGGGCCAGGAGUGUUUGCCCAGUGUUAAGUUAGGGGGCCGGGGACUCAACGGUGGCUUUACCUGUCACUCAGUGAGCAGUGAAACAUGUCAUGCAUUUGUCUGCCUUUGUCCUCCUCGUUUGUUUGUCUGGCAGAGAUAACCAAAACAGAGGUGGUGCUUGUCUCGGCUCUAUUGUGUGAAGCUUGUUGUCAGCCCAUCACGUCCAUCCAUCCCCUCCCGGCCCCCAUCUCUCCCCAUCUUUCCCUUUCUCCCCGCUCCACAACUGGUCAUUUCGCCACUAUUUUCUGGCUGCAGGGGGUGACCCGGGCAAUUUAGUUAAUCCAUUAACAACUAAUUGUCUCCUCCUACCCUGGUGCUUGGACAAACAGCCUGGCGGGGGGUGAAGUCAAGCCCCCGGUGACCUAUAAAAGUCACUCUGGAAGAGGAGGCAGCCAGUGUCGCUGCAUGGAUUCCCUGCAGUCCUGACUUUCUAAGCAUUUACUGGGACUUUUAAUCUUCUGAGUUUUAUUUGCUGUGGAGCCAUAGACAAGUGACUCAUCUUUUCUUUUACUUUGAGUCACCCUGUCUUGAGUUAAUCAUUGUCAGUCUUAUUUAUUUAUUAAUUUGUUGGUGGAAAUGUUGGGUAAUCUGUGGAUGCUCUGCCUGGGUCUCUGCUUCUCCGCGGCCGAAGCUCGAAUAUGGGCCUGGAUGCUCAACAUGCCCCACAGCCCUCCCAAAGAAGGAGCCAAGGCACUUAGUGAGAGCGUUCUUGUAGCCAAACCAACCGCGGUUUUGUGCGAUCAUGACAGGGCCUGUGGACGGGGUUUCUCCUGUGAUCGUCACUUCGGUCUUUGUGUUCCUCUGCGAGGGGAGGGCCAAUACUGUCGGAGGGACGCCCAGUGCGUCCGCGGACUCAGCUGCAUGUUUGGGAAGUGCCACCGCAGCAUCCCCAACGGACAAGAGGGAGCCAGAUGUAAAGUCAACAGGGACUGUGGGACGUCCAUGUGCUGCGCUCGACACCACGGCGAACAGGUGUGCAAGAGACGUCUGAUCCGCGGCGAGAGCUGCUAUGUUCCUGAUGGUGGCCUGGCAUACAGCAUUAACCAGAUUUGUCCAUGUGAUGAGGGGCUGCUGUGUCGAGAAAACGGUGAAUCACACCAGAGAAAGUAA